GUGAACUACAUCCGGAUGAUCAAAACAUAUGACCACAGAGCCUUUGGUUUUUAUAUUUUCUGAUCAUCAUGAUUUGUAAUCAUUACAUAAUCAUUAUUCAUUAAAUUUUACAUAGAUACAGAGUAUUGACGACAUUCCUAUGAUGAUCUGCCUAAAAUCUCUCUCUCAGCUAACACCAAACAUCAAGUGCCUUCUUCAAACAAUCAGACUUGAUUACUUUCACAAAAUCUCAAGAGAUAGUCUACUAUUCUUCCGAUGCAUUAUCAGCAGUGGUCGUAAAUACUUUGACUCCUUCCCAAAUUGCCUUAUCGCAAAAGGAAAUACAAAUGUGUUGAUGAUUCCUAGACCGACUGUUUUCGUUGUCAGGAACUUCAGUACCACCUUGAGUUGUGAGGUAUUAAAAAAGACUUAUGUCUUCCUGGAGUUGAAGGAAGGGGAUUUAAAGGAGAUAUUUGUGAGAGGCAGUGGACCCGGUGGGCAGUCGGUUAACAAGACGGCAAACUGCGUGGUACUGCAGCACAUACCAACAGGAGUUACAGUCAAGUGUCACGAGACUCGAUCCCUGGAUAAGAAUCGCCGACGAGCUCGAGAGAGGUUACAAGAGCAAGUCGACUUCUGUCUGAACGGAGAAAACAGUUUCCUGGCUUUGAGACAAAGAGAGCGUUCACAGAGUCGUCUGCAUCAGAAGAAAACCAACCGACACAGAUUGCAAAUGAAGAAAGCUUUCAAAGAACGGGAAGGACUAGAUUAA